GCUUUAAUUCCUCCGUUACGCGGGACGUGAAAACGAAAAGAAACUUUUACAUUGGAUUAAAUUAGCAAUUUGCUCCAAAAGAUAUUUAUUAUACAUACUCGAACAUGAUGCAGUAGUGAAUGAUUUAGUUUCUUCAAUUACUCUUUUCUAAAUCUCCACCUCGAACCGGAUCUAAACUUGUGAUCUCGGUUUUCAUCUCAUUCCAAAGAUAUGACUUAAUUAUGUGAAAAGUACAAAAUUUUUUUCACAUCUAUUAGCUGUUCAAUAAGUACUCUAAUCAUAUUUGAAGAGUUUGAUAAGAUAGCUCUUUUUGCAGAUAGAUUUGGAUGAUGACUUUCUUUUAUUAGUUUUUUUAUUACGUCUGUGUGUCUAUUCAAUAGCCAGGAAAUGUUAAACUUUACUGUUAUACAGUUAAAGUUGUCAAUUGGACACGUAUAAUGAAAUGCUAAUUAUUGUCUUAAAAUUCUGUCCUCAACCGAAAUUAUUAUAGUUGAUAAUUACUUUCAAUGAUAAUACAGCAUCUGUAUUUAUUUUGCAGUGCGACUUUGUGUGGUAUAGUCUGGUUUUAUUUUUCCACAAAUCUGAUAUCAAUCUAUACAUAUAAUAAUUCAAAUAACCAAAUACUUGGUAGAUUAAAGCUCACUAAUAUAUUAAUGCAAGUCAACACACAUUGCUUAGACUUCUGAUCAAUGUUUUUUAUGGUAUUAUUCACAAUAUUUUGUAAUCUCCUUCCACAUAAUAAUUACCUACAAUUUAAUACAAUGAUAAAUACAAUGAGCUUGUGGUAAUAUUUUAACUUUAUUAUUGCGAAAUACGAGUUCUGUUGAGGUAUGAAAAAAAUGUGAGCAUGUAGACAGGAACCGAUAUACAUUGACUCCUGACCGUUUAAAAACAGAUGAUCUGAUGCGUAAUUUAGACAAUUCAGCAAAGUUUUAUGUCAAAUAACGGUUCAAAAUAUUCCAAUUAACGAACCAUUAGAAUCAAAAAUUAUAUCGCAAAUAAAUAGUUAGUUUACAUUUUGGAUUAUGUGUAUUAUCUGAAAGAACUAAAUUACACACUGCAUGGUAAUUUUUAAUUUCAUUAGUAGUAGCUAAAAAUAGUUUUGUGUUCUACCUCAGGCUUGGAUGUAUUUCCAGUAGUUAAUACUCUGCAAUUUUUUUUGUAAAUAUGGAAGUUGCGCCCACUUACUUGAAGCAAACGUGUCAAUAGAGUGACUAUUUUUCAAUAUCUCUAUUCCUGUACAAAAGUACACGAGUGUUAAAUUUCAUCUCUAUAUAAUCUGUUUCUAUGCUCAAAUAUUUGAUAAGAAAAUGUUUGCCGCACAACUUAUUUCAAACGGAUAGAAACAUUCGAACUAUGGCUUGUCUGUCUCUAAUUCCAAACUAUACACGUACAGUAUGACAUCAUGUACCAGCAUCCGAUUCAUGUUGUCAUGAAUAUGUAGACGAUAUUAAUCUUUAUAGAAAGUCGUGUACAAACUUGUAAUUUAUGAAAUUGCACUUAACCAUGGAGGAAGGCUUUUGCUGCUAACGCAUGCUUGUCUCAUUCCUGCUGCGUGCUUUCAAUUUUUUUCUAGAAUAUGGGUCUAUGUUGUCUUGCGCUUCUUCAGACGGCAGAAUCAGGAUGACCCCAAGGGAAAAUACGGAUACUCCGAAUGAAAUCGGUCACAGAAUUGGUGCAACGGAUGGUGAAACUUUGUCAGAAAAUGCGGCUUUGGCGAGGUACGCGAUUGGUAUAGAUGCGGACGUACACUGGGAAAUGAAUUAUCAUGAAGCAGCCAUAUUUCUUGAGGAAGGUCGAAAUAAUGAGAAGUUUGACUCUCAUCCCAGACAUCCAGAGGAUUUACCAGCCUACCUUUUGGUGCAUAACAGCUGGUAUUAUGGCCUUGACCUAUUGACUUCCCUCAUACUUUUAGCCUUGGCAUUUGUUGAGGAGCCAGCAGUGCCUCUUUUCAAGCUACCCGUCUGGGCGCAUGGAUCUAUCGAGCUUCUGGCUCUAAUCAUAAUAGGAAUAGAAUUAGCAUUGAAACUGAGAUGGAUCGGAUGGGGAACAAUUUUGAAACAUAAACGCACAAUGCUUAAGUGUAUGACAUUAGCCAUUAUGUUUGUGGAGGCAAUGACAGUGUUGGUACGACAAUCAUCACACUUCAGAGUGACUCGAGCUCUCAGGCCAAUAUUUUUAGUGGAUACUAAAUAUUGCGGGGGAGUGAGGAGAUUCAUCAGACAAAUAUUGCAAACUUUGCCACCAAUUAUAGACAUGUUGGGACUACUCUUGUUCUUCAUCAUCACGUACAUGGUACUAGGCUACUACAUGUUCUCUGAGAUGAACAGAAAUUUUGCAACAUUAGAAGACAGCUUUGUUAGCCUUUUCGUCCUACUGACCACUGCUAACUUUCCAGAUGUCAUGAUGCCAUCGUAUUCGAGAAACAAAUGGUAUGCAAUUUACUUUGUUUCAUACCUCUGUACAAUGUUGUACGUCAUGAUGAACCUGAUGUUGGCUGUAGUGAAUGAAACUUUCACCACUGCGGAACGAGACAAAUUCAAAAAAUUAUUACUUCAUAAAAGGAGGGCUUGCCACCAUGCAUUUAAAUUGCUAGUUUCGAAGCAAAAUCCUGAUAAAAUGCAAUUUCGACAGUUUAGAGGAUUGAUGCGAUACUACGCUCCACAGAAAUCCAUCAGAGAUGUGAUCUUGAUGUUUCGGCACAUGAAUGUGUCUGGCACCGGUACCCUGAGUUCUGAUGAAUUUGUCGAAGUUUACGACGCUACAACGCUUGAAUGGGAUCCACAGUAUUCUAGUAUUCCAUGGUACCAUGCCGCAUGGCAGCCACUACAGAUCCUCUGCAAGGGUGCUCAUGCAGCCAUUGUAUGGCCGUACUUUGAAACAGUCGUUUAUGGAACAAUCAUUGGAAAUGGUGUAGCUAUGGUGGUGCGACUAAUUGAACCAUCCACAAGUUUGCAGCAGUCUGCCCAUGCGUUUGCAGCUAGUUGGGACACAUUCCUAUUUGUAUCAAUUUUCCUGUUGGAAGCAUUCGUAAAAGUGUUAGGUUUGGGUACAAGGAGAUACCUAAACUCAGGUUGGAAUCUUUUUGAUUUGGGCGCAUCUCUUCUUGCACUCAUAGCCGGAUUUUUAUUGCUUCUUUCGCCAACAGCCACGUUUCUAGUUGUACUUAGACCGUUAAGAUUACUCAGAUUGUUCAAAAUCAAAAAGAGAUAUCGAGAUGUAUUUGGUACACUAGUACUACUGUCCCCUUUGAUGUGCUCAACUGCCAUUGUUAUGCUGGUACUUUACUACUUCUUUGCUAUAAUCGGAAUGGAAAUGUUUGAGGGAUAUGAUAUGCGUAACUGUUGCCGUAACACAACUGUCGAAGAUUUCUAUAAAUAUUCAGCUAAUGGAAGUACAGCAUUGGGUUAUUAUUAUCUAAACACGUUUGAUAAUCUGAUGGCCAGUGGUAUGACUUUGUUUGAAUUGACGGUUGUGAACAAUUGGUUUAUAUUGAUGAAUGCUUAUGCAUUCACUGCAGGAUUGUAUACGAGAGUGUACUUCAUGGUCUUUUACCUUUUCACAAUGAUAGUACUGACCAUUGUAGUUUCCAGUUUCCUGGAAGCAUUCAGAUUCAGGAUUCAAUAUAAAAGGUCAACAUCCAAACGAGACGAGGAGAAGAUGUUGCAUGAGGAAGUGGAAUUGAGGUGGGAUGAGCUGCAAACUGUUGUUCAGGACUUCCAUUUACUAGAACAGCUGAGAUCUACUCUAGUUGUUGGUGGUGUCACAACAUUCAUUGGAUCUCGUCCACGAACUAGAGAAGUUCUCCAGCGCAGAAUGUAUACACAUGAAAUAUGCGAAUGGUUAGCUGAAGCAGCAUUGGAGGACAAAAAAAUUGGUUCUGGUCCAAUUGGCAGUUUUGAUAAUCUUGAUUCAGGAGACAUGAUUCUAAGUACUGACCACGUAGUAGCAAAUGGCGAUACAGUAUCUUCGCAACAUCAGAACGGUAUUACAAGUCCUACGUAACUGAUUUAUUUAAAUUAAUCUCUUAAUUCACAAUUUAUCCACUACUUCAAAAGAGGUUGCUUUCAGCAGCUUGAUGGUAUUCGGAUAGUCUUGGAUAUUAAUUUGUUAUUAAAUACCAACAAGUUACAUGGAAGACUACAUUGAGGUGUGCGGCAAAAAUUAAGUUAUGGUUUUAUCUCUCGUACAUCAAAUCUGUUGUUUUCCUUUUAAAAUGUAGGUCUAACAUGAAUUUCUGAAAUGUUUCUCAACCAAAAAUUUGUCAGAUGCAAAGAUGAAAUAACCAUAGCAAUCGUUUUUUUAAACACUAAAAUAGACCAGAUAACCAUGAGUCAGCCAUUAACGACAAAAUUGUGACUUUGUGUAUCCUUAUUUGCUGUGAACUUUCUAGUACCAUUAAUUUUGGGAAUUCACAGCAACGCUUUAGCGUCGCCUUAAACUGAAGCAAACAUUGUCAUGAGUUUACGGGAAUACAUAUAUUAUUAUUGAUCUCUAAUUAGAUAUUAGUGUGCAAUAUACUUCACAUGUUCACAAUAUAUUAGCAAACUCAUUGCCGUUGUUGCUACAGUUCGUAGUAAUAUUGAAACGUAUCGUCUUCGCAUGCUUGUAGUUGAUGAGGGCGCAUAGAGCUGAAAUUUUGUCGGCAUAGUUAUCAAGGUUAAAUGCUUUCUAGUUUUAGGAUAGCUGACACUUUUAUCAACAGUUGAUUUAUUUAUUUUAUAGUUAUAUGGAUCACUUCAAUCUAACUGUUUAAAAAUUAGCAAGCUUCCGCUCUUUCAUUUCAAAUAGUUUUCAUGUCUCACCAUCUUUUGACAUACUAUUCAAGCAAUUGUUUCAUUUUAGACAACAGAUUCCAAAUAUCUCGUAAUCAAAAGAUGAAAAUAUACUUUAUAAGUAUGUAUGAAGGACAUUACCUAGUUUGAGGUAUUCGUGUAUAUUUAAUAGUACAAUCGAAAGUACUACAAAAUUAUUCGUUGUGAUUCAAGACACGAGAUACAUUUGUAUUAUUCAAAAUACUAAGUCUUGAAUCAAAAAACUCGUGAGUGCAUUGCGAGCAUUAGCGCAUAUCAUGUUAUAGAGGAGCUUUGUGAUUCUCAAACUCUGUAACCAUAAGCUUGUGAAAAGAAUGGUCAGAACCAAAACAGCUUUUUUUCCAUAGAAUAUAUAUUAAUUAUAAUGGUUAUUGGAGUUGCAUGGUAGUAUUUAAUAAGUUAUACUGAUUGAAUUCCAAAAAUUAUUUAAAAACAGUGACCAUCACUUGAGCCUCUUUCAUGCAAUUAAACUGACUUUUUUACUUAAUAAAGUAAAUGUUAUUAAUAGAUUAUUUAAAAAUAUACGAAUGCAUAUGAUCAUACGUAAUAAAUUAUUCAUAAUUCGUUGAUACGAUAUUCGUACGUAUAUACAAUUUCCGUUACGAAUUAAGAUUUUGUUUAAUAAAAAUUAGUAUUUAUUAAUCGCGUUUGGAAUUCUGCAAUUGAUGGGCAUUAUUUUUAAUUAUAUGUGACGCCUUUCAUACACAGGACCAUUUAGAUCCAGUAUUUGAAAUAAUUACGUAGGUUAAAUCAUAUUUGUGAGAUAAAGUGUAGAUACAAAGAGAAUCAUAUUUUCUUACAUUCUUGAAAAUUUUACUCUUUACAUUUAUUUUUUGAGAAUGUCUUUUUUAACAGAUAUUUUGUUUAGAUCUGCAGGUUGUGUCUAAGUCUCAAUUUAUUUUACCAUUACUUAAGCAAGUUGAUAAUGUAAGUUUUCAGAAAUUGUAUAAGUGGAAAACUAAUAUGUGGUUCAGGCAAACAUAUUCUGCUUAUAGUUAUUGAUGGAUUCAUGUGUUAUGCUGAUAGCUCAUGUGACAUAGCCAACUGAUUAAAGAAAACUGUUCGACUCAUUAACUAGUUUUCACUAGUUAUCAAAUUCCAUUGAUAUAAUAUUUAUUACUUGCAAUGCGUUGUUAAGCAGCUACAUAUGCAAAGUGCAUUUGAACGGUUAGAAUUAAUUUCAUUCUAAUGACAAGUUUUCUAUCUCAAGAAAAAAUAUUGAAAUAAACUCCUCGGGUUAUUGAUAUCUAUGAGUGAAUAGUUUAUUUAUUACUAUAGUUUUAGGUAGCAUAAUAUUAAUAACAUAGAUAUAUUAUUUUGUUAAUCGAACUUGACUUUAUAUUUUAUUUUUGUGGAUUUUUAACAAAAAAAUUGUAUCAUAUUUAGGGCAGCUUAUAAUUAUAAAUAAUUUAUUAACAUUCUAUGUUGUGACCUCUGUUAUACUCAAUGCUAUGAUGUGACCACAGUAUACAAAU